CCUCGGCCCGGCCCCGCGCGCGUGGUCGCGGUGGCGCGCGGGGUUCUCCUUCCCCGUCCCGGCCUCGUCCCGGCUCGCCGGAGAGCUCCAGGAUGUGGAAGCUGGUGCCCGCCUCAGGAAAAGGAGAGCCAUAUCGGCUUUUAAGUGGUACAGAAUAUGUUGUUGGACGCAAAAACUGUGCCAUUUUAAUUCAGGAUGAUCAGUCCAUCAGUCGAAGUCAUGCAGUUCUGACAGUAAGUCGUCCUGAAACAAGCCCUAGUCAAUCUCUCUCAGUCCCUAUAUUAACAGUAAAAGAUACAUCUAAGUAUGGUACCUUUGUUAAUGGAUCAAAACUCAAUGGUACUUCAGUGUCUUUGCAAUCUGGUGACAGAAUCAACUUUGGAGUAUUUGAGAGUAAGUUUAGAGUGGAGUAUGAACCUUUGGUUGUCUGCUCCUCAUGUUUAGAUGUAGCUCAGAAAACUGCUUUAAAUCAAGCCAUUCAGCAACUUGGAGGCCUUGUAGUGAAUGAAUGGACAAAAGAGUGUACCCACCUUGUCAUGGUAUCAGUAAAAGUUACUGUUAAGACUAUAUGUGCUUUGAUUUGUGCUCGACCAAUUAUAAAACCAGAGUUUUUUGUUGAAUCAAUCAGAGCUAUUCAGUCCAGGCAACAGUUGCCAAAUCAUGAAAGCUUUUAUCCUCCAGUUGAUGAGCCUUCCAUUGGCACUGAAAAACUGGAUUUAUCUGAGCAUCAUGAAAGGAAAACAAUAUUCAGUGGAAAAACUUUUGUAUUUCUAUCUGCUAAGCAGCACAAGAAACUGGGUCCAGCAAUUAUUCUUGGAGGAGGAGAAAUAAAGUUGAUGACAGAAGGAAGAAAAGAAACACCUUUACUGAUUUCUCCUGAAGUUUGUGUUGUUGAUGUGGGUUUGACAAACUCUCAGAUUGCAGGAUCUGACUCUAUGAGAAACUGGACUGAUUCCAUUCUGACUCUCUUGCAAAGCAAGAAUCUCAGGGCUAUUCCAGAGGCAGAAAUUGGAUUGGCAGUUAUCUUCAUGUCUACAGAAAAAUACUGCAACCCUCAAAAGCAGGCUGGUACCAACAAAGCUGUAACAGAAAGUACUCCUGCAUCAGGUGUUGUGGGCCGAGCCAUUUCUCAGAGUUUGGCUGUGGAUGAAACCAUAAUGCCAGCUGCUGCAGAUAGCAGCACAUUGUACAUAGCUGAUACAGAAGAGCAGACAUGUAUGGAGGUAGAGAAUACUCCCCAGAUGGAUAAACAACGGAAAAUGGCUUUCCAGGAUCCAACCACCGUAAAGAAAAACACUAGGACAAGUGGCAGUGUAAAUGCAGGAACAGCCAUAUUUAGAGGGAACAGAACAUCUGGGUUGAGUCAAAAAAGUCAACCUGUCUCACCAUCUAAAAUUUCAGAAGCUGGUAAACCCAGCGAGUGUGCUUCACGUCACCAGUCCAACUCAAUUACAAAUUACUUCCAGGUAGCUAGAAAGAGGGAAAGAGCUGAAGAAGAAGAGGAAACAUCUGUACCCAAACUAGCAAAACUGGAAGAAAGGUCAUCGCCUCUUUCCAAGUGCACUGAACCCACAACUUCAUCAGUCUGGAAUAGUGAAGCAAAACAGCAUCAAAAGAAAAAUAACAUCCUGGACCCAAACCCAAAUUUUGCAUUAGAAGACAUGGGUAUAAAGCUUAUGAGGGAAAGUGUCAAAGUAACAAGUGAUAAAACAGACACUAAAACCACUUCGAGUGAAAGUCAUGCACCACAGAAGAGAAAAGAGUUAGAUGAUUUAUCUGAAGAUACAGAAGCACUGGAAAUUGUGUUUGGAAGUGGAGACCUGGACUGGGAAGAUCAAGUGGCAGAUCAUGACCAGGAAGCUCAAGGAAAUACACGAAAAAAAAGAUGUUUGGAAGCCAAAGGAAGCAGGAUUCAGGAAGUAAAUGUAAAUCAGAGACAGGAGAAUAAAAUAUUGAAAGAAGAGGAACUUGGAUCAGUUGUAACUUCAGAAAUAAAAUGUAAGAUCAAGCAAGAGUCACCAGUCUCGAACUGUAGCAAACUGCAAGAUGACUCCAGCAGUCUUCCUAGCAGGCUUCUGUUGACUGAGUUUAGAUCACUGAUUGUCAGCCGUCCAAGACAGAACAGUUGCCUUACUGCAAAUACCAGCUAUGGGGGAAAGAAAAAUUUCAAAACCUUCAAAAAGGUAGCUUAUCCAGGGGCAGGACAACUUCCGUACAUUAUUGGAGGAUCAGAUUUGAUUGCUCACCAUGCUAAAAGGAAUUCAGAGCUAGAAGAGUGGUUAAGGCAAGAAAUGGAGGAGCAGAACCGAUAUGCAAGAGAAGAAUCACUUGCUGAUGAUCUCUUUAGAUAUGAUCCUAAUGUGAAAAGGAGAAGAUAAAUUGUGACCUGGAUUUACAGUGUUUCUCUAGCAAAACCUGCUUUUCUGUUCCUUAGGUUUCUUGUGUUACAGUGUGUAUGAUGUUCCUACAUAUGACCAUUUGAACUAUCUAUUAUUGUAAGACUUGUUUUUUAAGUCUUGCUCUUAUUAAAGAAAAAGAAAAAUUUCUUUCACUGCUUAAUACUUAUGGAUUGCACAUUUUCAAGACUAACACUACUUACUUCAGAGUAAUGCUCAGUAAAAUACUGUAGAUACUUAGGAUUUCAUUUUAGGCUAUUUCUAGUGUUUGCUAAUCAGUACUGUUUUGGGG